UCCCAGCCGAACAAUUGACUUCUUCGCUCACAUCACAUCGUAGACACACCUGGACAGCACCUCUGUGACACUCAGCUCUCCAGGUAUAAUAAGAAUACUGUAAAAAGCCUUGAAGAACUUCAAAUCUAACAUAUUUUGGGGAUUAAAGAUCCAACCGACGGAAAUUGUGCGAACAAAGAGGGAAUGAUAAAAGAUAUGGAAGACGUGAUGAGUUCCAAUGUGGGGGAACCUGAGCUUGGCAACAUGGCUUUGCAAGCUGGAGACCCUAAUGAUCUGGACAACAUUUGCGCAAAAGUUGGUGUUAUCGACGAAACUGAGAACGGCAUCAACGUGGGAGCGGGUGAACUGGAGGGCAACCUCAUAACAAUGGAAAUUACUGACAAUGAUGAUGUGGGUAAGCCAACAGAGGAGGACACCAGCAUGCAAUCUGAAGAGUCUGAAAAUACGGAGGUGGGUCUGCCAGAUGAAGACAGCAGUGACUUACCAUUUGGUGAACCUGUGGCUGAAAACAACAGUGGUGGCACAAAAUAUAACCAGCAUGAAAAUGAGGUGCUAUUGGUAAUUGAGUCCAAUGACAAGGAUUUGGACACGGCUGAAGCCAACACUAUCCUUACAGAGAAGAAAGGGGAAACUACUGAUGUCUUAAGAGAAUCCGAGACCAAUAUCCACAACGCUUCAAAAAAGAGACCACAUAAAACUAUGAGACCUCUUAAAAAUCAUAUGGUCAUAAAAAAGACCAGAGUAACUGAAGUCCUGGGUAAAGCAGAUCCCACCAAGACAAACACCGAAGAUACUGGUGCACUGGUUAUGGCAGACUCUAAACUCAACACAGUUGGCAGCAAACGAAGGAUUAAGGACACAAAGAUGUCACCUCUGUCGAAGUGUCCAAGUAGACCCAAGGAGGAGACCCACCACCGUACUCCUUUGCAUGGUGCUCUUAAAGGGGGAACCAAUGGCUGUGAGCUUGAUAGUAGGACCGUGGAGGACCUAUCAUCACAUGAAGAUGAAUUAAACAAUCCAGGUGCUCUUAAAGGGGGGAUCAGUGGCUUUGAGUUUGAUAAUAGGACCGUGGAGGACCUAUCAUCACAUGAAGAUGAAUUAAACAAUCCAGGUGCUCUUAAAGGGGGAACCAGUGACUGUGAGUCUGAUAAUAGGACCGUGGAGGACCUAUCAUCACAUGAAGAUGAAUUAAACAUUCCAUAUUGUAAUUUGAAGAAGUUAUUUUUAUUUCUGCUGCUGUCUCUGUCCUUCUCAAGUAGUGAGUGUAAACCCACCCCCGCUAAGUGGCAACGCUUCUCAUUUGAGUCUGAAGUGGACUUAACAAACAGUUCCUUAUCUAUCAGACGGGGCGUGAUGGACAUAUGUGAGCGCAGACCGCCAUGCUCGGGACAAUUGUUUCACUGUACAGGGGAUUCUUUUUCUGUGCUGACAAAUGAACACACUGUUCACCUUUACACGCAUGAACCGGAUACAGAGGGACUGUUUAUGGAGUGUGGACAAAGUGUCAAUCAGCUCAUCAUUCAUCCAUCGAAUAUAGAGCCCCAGUCUAUAGAUGUAGUGAAUUUCAUAAGGGAUUAUUAUAGAAAAAAUGAAGUAACUACAGCAGCUACCGUGGAUCCAGUUCUUGCCGCCACCAGCCGUGCAGUCGUUGGACGGGAAGUUUCUCUGAGGCUACUAGUGCUAUUAUGUGCAAUGGUCUUCAUGGUCUGCGUUAUACUAAGAUUGUGAACCCACAGACGUUAGAGUGGAAAAUCGGAAUAAUGAAGACAUCAAAAAUAUGGACUUAUCAGCUGAUAAACAAAACAACAUUAAUGGACAUCUAGAAGAUUUAUGCUCAUUGUAGAUUUGAUUUGAAAGGGAAACAAACACAAAGCAUUGAUUAGAUCUACCUUCUGAAUUAAAUGCUCCAUUUUGCUCCCCUCUAUUUAUGUCUGGUCACUCUCACAAUUACGAGAGGUUCUUCCUCUGUUUCCUUGGUGGAUGGGGCAAUUCUGCUCUUCCCUCUUUCUAAUUGUCUGAUGGAAAUAUUUUAAAUAGGAUUUAUAGUAAUUUUCUUAUUAUACUUCUUAUUAUAAGACUUUCUUUUUUUCAGGAACGGUCCUACAAAGGCCGCCCGCUGAGCUCACCAUUCAGUAGACUGACAUUCUCCCUGUCUCUGUACAUAACCUCUGCACCUAACCUCAUGGGCGAUAAUCAGUGACGUUCGGGGAGGUGAGGCAGGUGAGGCAGGUGAGGCACCAGAGUUUUGACUAUAUAAAGUAUAUGAAAAAUACAAAGAAUAUAUUAGAAAUAUCUUCUUUGUAUUAUUCUAAGCAUUUUUAUAUUCAAACCUCUGGAGUAAAAAGUCUAUGGCGGGUGAGGCAGCACCCCUGGAUCAGACUUACACUAAGGGUGACAUUUACUAAGCAGUGAUAGGAGCGGAGAAGUGAGCCAGCGGAGAAGUUGCCCCAUCAACCAAUCAGUAGCUCUGUAUCAUUUUAUAGUAUGCAAAUUAUAGAUGUUACUUCAGUGCUGAUUGGUUGCCAUGGGCAACUUCUCCACUUGCUCACUUCUCCUCUUUUAUCACUGCUUAGUAAAUGUCCCCCUUAGAGCCUUAUUCAGACCUGAUUGCUGUUGUGUGAAUUUGCAAGGUGUCCGAUUAUUGAUCGACUGCACAUGCGUACGUUGGGUAUGGGUGACCGGCGCUUAGGAUCCCGCCAAUCACCAUACCGACGCCGGAUCCCCGGGAUUACAAUGCCGGCAGGGUGGGGGCAAGUGCAUCAAAGCCUCUUGUGGGCUCGAUGCGCUCCCCACAAGUUUAUUCCCACUCUGUGCAUGUCGUGGACACCCACGAGUGGGAAUAGUCCCUGUUAGUUGGCAUGCCGACUGUUGGGAUUUGAGGCGGCGGGAUGUAGGCGUAGGUAUUGUGACUGGCGGUUUCCUGACCACCGGUCACAUAACUACAUCCCCGUAUGGUUCAUAAUGUGCACACACUAUACCAAACUGUGAAAGAAAUCGCCUGUUUUUAUCGCUAGGCGAAUGCAGGCUGACUGACAGGAACUGGGCGUUUGUGGGUGGUAACUGGCCAUUUUCUGGGCGUGUCAGUAAAAAUGCAGGUGUACCCAAGCGUUUUCAGGGAGGGUGUGUGACGUCAGCUCCGGCCUGAUCUCAUCGCACUGUAGGAGUAAGUCCUGGGCUGCGCACAGACUGCACAGGCUGUAAAAAUCAUUAGAUGGUGAGUUGCAAACGGAUUUGCAGCUGGCCGGCGUUUGCAAAGCUUUUCGUAUGGUGUACGCAGACUUAGACGGGGCGGAUUUUCACUCUGUCUGGGCGGCGACUAUCCGAUGGCAAACCUCUGCAAAUUCACAGAGGAGCGAGCAGGUCCUAAGUGACAGAGGUAGCUCCUGCAAGUGGAUUCCUCCGUCUGUUGUCGGACCACGCUUUCCGUGUAAUUGGCAGCACUGGGUGGUGACUGGGCAGCGAUCAUGCACAAAGAACAGCCCCAUUUACUGGGAGCAUCAUGGUGUUGGAGGUGGUUAAUUAAACUUCCAUGUGUGAUUGUAGCAUUCAGACAGAUAUGUGGUGAGAAAUAUGUCAGCCAUUUGGAUUUGCAUGGAUUUUUGCACAAACUGGUCAUAAAAUGGCAGCCAUUACCUCAGCCAAAUAUUUCCUGUCACUAUGGAUCAGACCUGCAAAAUGCUCAGGAGGAAAUUUGGACCCUUCCUCCUUACAAAACUGCUUCAGUUUAGCAAUAUCAGUGGGGUGUGUGGAGUGAACCACUUUCUUCAUGUCAUGCCACGUCAUCCCUAUCAGUCUGAGAUCAGGACUCUGACUGGGCCAUAUUUUGAAACCACUCAGUUGUUGAGUUACUGCAGUGUUAUGGGUUGUUGUACUGUGGAAUCACCCAACUUCUGAGGAGCUUAAAUUGGGAGACAGUCCACCUUGCAUUCUCCUAUGAAAUGCCUUGUAAAAUGUUGAUAUUUUUUAUACCAACGAGAGCACUCGCUAAAGGGGUCAUAUCUUCUGUUCUGUUUUUAAUAUAGAUGGUGUUAGAGGUACGGUCACCAUUUCCGGCAGUGGGGACCCAGCAGAAGCUUUUUACUCUUCAGUGAGGGAUUCCAGGCAUUGUUGAGUCCUCACCGGGUGGAAGUGCAAUGUGCAUUGCCCAGUAGCCCGUUGCUGACCAUGGUAAGUGUGCCCAGCAACACAGCCGAGGACUCUGACGAGGAUGAGGAUAUUGUGGGACUUUAAUGGAGAGGACAAAACUGUUAAUUGCUGGUGGCAUAUUUAUUGAUAUCACUGUGAAGCUACACCAAAUAGGCCACCAGCAAUAAUUAUCGGUAAUAAAUGGAGCCCUUGGUGUUGUGUGUUCUUUCCAAGCCACUCAAUCUGUCACCGGUCCACAGAACAUAUCGCGGUUAUGUCAUGGGACAUCUAGUGAUCUUCCAAUGUGCGGCAAUUUUUUGUUGGACAGCAUUGACUUCUGUUGGAACACCAAGUAUGUCCAGUGUUUUCCAUAUUGUAAACUCGUGGACAGGUACUUUAUGUGUGCAAGUUACAGAGAUCUCUGUCUUCUGAUGACACUCUAGGACUAUUCUUAAACUCUUAGAGCAGUCGGAGCUGUGCUCUUGCAGACCUCUUAGCAGGAUGGUCGACUCCUAGGGAGAGUGGCAGUAGUGCAGAACGUUCUCCAUUUAUAGACAGUUUGUCUUACGUGGACUCAUGAGUAUCAAGGCUUUUACUGAUAUUUGUAACUCUUUCCAGCUUUGUACUGGAAUUCAACAAUUCAAAGGGGCCUAUUUAGUAAUUAUCAGUUUGUAUUCCUGAUUAAUACCCUCUGAAGGUUCUGCCUCCUGGGAAUGGCAAACUCAAAGUUUUGUCAGUGGUGUUUUAUACAGAAGGGCAACUCUAACUGACAUCUCCAAUCUUGUCUUAUUGAUUGCACUCUUUGAUAAAGCUUCUAUACAGAAGCGAAACACAUCAAAAAUUGAGGACUAUGCUUGAUCUUCCUGCUAUUUGUCAUCUCUGUUGUCUUGCUGGCAUUUGCACAUUUAGCCAACACAGCAGCCAUAUGGCCUAGGCAAUACUGUAUUCGCUCUGGCAAAAUUCAUCAGUGAGCUCACGGUAGAUUUGGAGUCCAGAGGAAUGGCAACAGGACUGCAUUGAUAUUCACUGCAGAUCCUCAUCGUAGGAAUACUGCAUCAAAGCUGAACUUUCACGGGUAAUAAAUCUAUAAUGUUGUAUCAUAUUCCAAUCUAUGUGCAGCUUAAGAUUUAAGCAGUAAUAACAGUUGGACUCUAUCAGCCAGCAUAACAGAUAUAUAUUCAAGUGCAUAGUAUUUUUAUAUUCAUAGUUACAUGGAUUUAUAUGCUGUCAUGAAUGAAUGAAUGAAUGAAUGAAUGAAUGAAUGAAAAAAUUAUAUAUACAUAUAUAUAUAUAUAUAAAUGUUUUAUAUGCAAUUAUUAUAAAUGCAUGUAUUUGAAAUGAGUAAUUUACUGCUGUUUAUAUCAGUAAUUGUUUUAAUUGAUAUACCAUUGCAGGAGGAGCAACACUUCCUUGGAGGUUAGCUUUAUAAAUGUUUUUAACAGCUCUUGCAGAUGAUUUGGAAAUUAAUUAAAAUUAAUGAAUUGAUUGUGUCCGUCAUUUCUAUACAUUGUUUCAAACAUCACCAAAUAUUUUGGUACAUGGAAUUUUCGAGUUAGUGAUAUUCAUGUGAAUAUACAUUUAUCUAUUGCCAUAAAGCUUUUACCCCUGAAAAAGUCCUUUGGACAAAAUGCGUAGGUUUAUUGGUGCCCACACAUUAUGCAGAAAGACCCCCACUUAUUGAGCUCACACCGGUUGAGGGUGUAAGCGGGAUUAACCAUCUUCUUCUCUGGCAGGUGUGGAUACUCUGUUACCUAUUCAUAUUGUAAGGAAACAUAUUUUUUACAUUAUGUAUUGGUUUUUAGGGAGAAUAAAAAUGUUGUUUUAUUAA